UAAAUGCGAUCUGGGUGGCUCCUCUGGGUUUUUGAGUCCAUCACCCAGUUCAAAUCAGUCAGAGGCCAAAGAGAAGAACAUGAUGAUGGACCUUUUUGAAACUGGUUCCUAUUUCUUCUACUUGGAUGGAGAAAAUGUGACUCUGCAGCCCUUAGAAGUGGCAGAGGGCUCUCCCUUAUAUCCAGGGAGUGAUGGUACCCUGUCCCCUUGCCAGGACCAAAUGCCCCAGGAAGUGGGGAGCGAAAGCAGCGGAGAGGAGCACGUCCUGGCUCCCCCAGGCCUGCAGCCCUCCCACUGCCCUGGCCAGUGUCUGAUCUGGGCUUGCAAGACCUGCAAGAGAAAAUCUGCUCCCACUGACAGGCGGAAAGCCGCCACCCUGCGCGAGAGGAGAAGGCUAAAGAAAAUCAACGAGGCCUUCGAGGCACUGAAGCGGAGGACUGUGGCCAACCCCAACCAGAGGCUGCCCAAGGUGGAGAUUCUGCGGAGCGCCAUCAGCUACAUCGAGCGGCUGCAGGAUCUGCUGCAUCGUCUGGAUCAGCAAGAGAAAAUGCAGGAGCUGGGGGUGGACCCCUACAGCUACAGACCCAAGCAAGAAAUUCUCGAGGGUGCGGAUUUCCUGCGCACCUGCAGCUCCCAGUGGCCAAGUGUUUCAGAUCAUUCCAGGGGGCUCGUGAUAACUGCUAAGGAAGGAGGAGGAAGCGUUGAUUCGUCGGCCUCCAGCAGUCUUCAAUGCCUUUCUUCCAUCGUGGACAGUAUUUCUUCUGAGGAACGCAAACUCGCCUGCGUGGAGGAGGUGGUGGAGAAGUAACUCGAGGCCAGCGUUUGGGACACUGCACUCAGCAGGAAGAUCCCCCUUUCGCCUAAUUAUUUAGGAUAGGGCACAGAGACCCCAGAGUUUAUGAAAGGCAGGGAGACAUACUCAAAACCAAACUGUAGUGCCAACUCAAAUGAAAAGCCUUUCGUCUUUGGGCUUUAUUUUUGGGGAAACGCUUGUGGCUUAGGUCUAGCACCCUGAUUUUGUUUUUGUUUGGUUGGUUUUUAUAAUAUAUUUACUUUUAUUAUGGUGACCCUUCUGUGUCAAAUACAAAGAAGUUCAUUCCUGUCUAAAGCAAAGUAGGAACGUUUAAUUUUACUGGUAUUUAAUGUAUUUUUGUAAAAAGUCUUAGUACUUUCAUUUCAUGUAAAACUAAAGAAUAUAUUUGAAAUAUGGAAUAAUGGGUUGUAUAUAAAAUGUGUGAGGAUCUGGUGUUGGGUGUAAUAUUAAAAUAUUGGUGAGUUUC